AUGGAUUCCUUGAAUAACGAGGUCUCAUCACUCAGUUCCGUUAACACAUGGACAAGCGAUGUUUCUAGGAGAAGCAAAGACAACGAAGUGGAGGCUAUUGUUCCUCAGGAAAACUGUUCGGAAAGAUCAGAGAUACGACAAUCAAAUAGGGAUUCCAACGGCGGUGACAAAAUUGCAGAAAAAGAUCUAAACAGUCUGCUGUUUAACAAGUUUGAAUUAGAAGAUGCCUACAAAAUAAAGACCAACAAUUUAGCUGAGCAUUCGUCUCACCAUUCACACCGAAGUCAUGGAACUCUACGGUCGCCAGAAGAAGAUAUUGCACAAUCUGCGAUUUCGAAAGUUUUCACAAAUCGCUCAACAGGAGGACUCAGUCUUCCGCCCGAUGGAGGUUACGGCUGGGUAUGCUGUGGAUGCCUUACUGCAGUGUUUUUGUCAACUUGGGGAGCUAGUGCUGGAUCCGGAAUUUUUAUUGCUUACUACUUGAACGCAAAUGCAUUUCCCGGCGCCAGCAAAUACGAUUAUGCCCUCAUUGCUGGGUUUAACGUCUUUGGUGGACAAGGGUUUGCUCCGACAGCGAUGAUACUGGCACAAAUAAUUGGGUUUCGAGCAACUAUGUGCACAGGUGUGAUCUUUCUUUUUGCGGGCUUCUUUUUGGCUUCAUUCGCCACAAAACUUUGGCAGCUAUACCUUACACAGGGCGUGUUAUUUGGCUUGGGAAUCGCACUCGUGUUUGUUCCCGCUACCACAAUUCUUCCGGGCUGGUUCUUGAAGAAACGCUCAACUGCCUUUGGGAUGUCACUGCUUGGGACUGGUGCUGGCGGUGUCAUUUACUCGAUUGCCGCUCAAGAAAUGAUAAGUAGAACUGGAGAUCAGCGGUGGGCGCUUCGGAUGCUUGCAUUUCUCUGCGCUGGCGUUUGUGCUGUGGCCACUUUACUUUUGCGUCAAAGGGUUCCUUCAAAACCUGUGGGAUUCAAGUCAUGGAAGGCAAUUGAACAACAAUUCGCUCUGAUUUUCCAAUGGAGAAUUGCAAAAGCUUAUAAAAUCAAUUUGAUUUCUUUGUGGAGUACAUUUGCGUUGUUUGGCUACAAUUUGAUGGUAUUUACUUUGUCGGCCUACGGUUUAUCUCGUGGACUCUCUACAAAACAAAGUUCUCUUUUAACUGUCAUUCUGAAUGCAGCCCAGUGUAUUGGACGACCGUGCAUUGGUGUGAUUGGUGAUCGAUAUGGUCGUGUUAACACUACUGUUGUACUUACCACUGUUCUGGUCAUUUUUCUCUUUAGUUUUUGGAUCACUGCGCAUACGUUUGUUCAGCUUGUCAUGUUUUGCAUUUGCAUCGGUCUAUGUAUCGGUGUCGGUAACGUUAUGAACAUAGUGCUUAUAGCGGACAUUUCGGGUGCUGAUGACUUCCUACCUGCAUGGGGUUAUUGUAAUACGUUCACGUCACCGUUUUUACUACUAAGUGAAGUAAUAGCGCAGGCAUUGGUUUCACAUCAAAACCAAAGUAAGCCGUACCUUCAUGUGCAAAUCUUCGCAGGACUAUGUUUUUUUGUAGCUUUGAUAUUGGUGCUACUUCUCCGGGAAACAAUCAUCAAGUUGCGCUUUCAAGAAGCUCUCAGCGACGUUGAUCGAGCGCUCAAAAAAACGCUCCAAGACUUAGAAAACUCCGCUGAAGCAGCAAAUGAACUAGGGUCAAAGCGUGCUUUAUAUGAGAGAAUUCUUCAACCGAAGUUGUCGUUCUUUUUCCGGCGCAUGUUUUACCGUAAAAAGAUUUAG